AGCUGGUAAGGCUGGUGACCCUCGACCUCCGCAGGACGCUGGCCCUAUCCCACGCCGCUGGAGGCCCUCGCGGCCGCUGGGAGCCGGGGCGUGUUCCUCCACAAAACCUUGAUCUGGAGCUUCGACGACGCAGGCCUCCAUGCUGGGCCGAGGAGGAGAAGAAGGGGAAGAAGGGGGGCACGUCGGAGGUGCCGGUCGAGCGUGCCAUCGAGGACGUUGAUGACGGCAGCAUGGGCGAGGCCGGGAAGGAGAUCAUGGUUGAUGCUUUACCGCCUGAAGUUGUUGACCUGGAACAAGAGGGUAAGGUGGAUGUGAGAACGGAAGCGCACGCCGUGGUGCAGGAUGUCUUGGUGUCCGAAGCACCUGAGGUGCCGGAACCAGAGGUGAAGAGCGAGGAGGUGGUGGUCCGGGACACAACCAAGGUGCAUCCUGCGCAUCAACCAGAGACGAAGGCCGAUGAGGUGCUGGUCAGGGAUACGGACACAGCUGUUGUGGUGCAGGAAAUGGAAGCAAAGGGUGAGGUGUCACGGUCUCGUGAGGCAGCUGGUGCGCAGACUACAGAGGCGGGCUACUUUUGUUGCUGGUGGUACGGGGGCAGGAAGUGGCGGUCUUUGCUGGUUCAGAGAGAUAGAUGGAGUAUGAUGAUUGCAUUAAGGAUUGUGAUACGGUUGUUGAGAGGGGAAGGGAACUUCAUGCUAACUGUGCUAACUUCAAGAUGGUCUCAAGGGCACUGGCAAGGAAAGCAACUGCUCUUGUCAAACUUGCCAAGUCUUCCAAAGACUACGAUGUUGCCAUUGAUUCCAGAAGGCUCUAACUGAGCAUCAAACCCAGGUACCCUGAAAAGACUAAAUGAUGCUAAACGAGCAAAGAAGGAGCUCAAGCAACAAGAGUAUUAUGAUCCAUAAAAAGCUGAUGAGGAGCGAGAGAAAGGUAACCUGCGUGAAUUAUACUGUUAACACUGCUUUUUUGCCCCCUAAUAGUCUGGGGCAGUUAAUGAUGAGGUUCUCUGUUUAAUGAGUUCCCUAAGCAGCAAAAAUACCCAGAAGCAGUGAAGCAUUACACUAAAGCGCUCAGGAGAAACCUGAAGGAUCCGAAGUUAAUGAUGAAGGAUGCAGCUGAGAGAUACUUUUCUUAAACAUACCAAAUCUCAUACAGAGCAGAGCAUGGUCCUGUAGUUCGAUAACAACAUUACUUGUUUUCCCCUGCUGCCGAAUAUGUUGUCAUGUGUUGUAAACUUUCAACAAGUGCAGUGAGCAGUCUUAGAAGAUCAGUGGACAUGUAGUCUUA